ACAUUGACAGAUCGAUGUGUGCCGAGUGAGAUAGCCGAUUUGAGACGAGAAACAAUCAAAAUGUCAAGAAAGAAAUAGCAAUAUCAUGAUAUCACGCUUGUCGUUUAUGGAUUUUAAUGGCUGAAGUGUUAGAGUUAUAGAUCUACAAUUCCUGCAUUGGGGAGAAACAACAUGGCUAAGGGUGGUCAAGGUGACUCGAUCGAUGCCACGAUGAAUCUGAAGGCAGUCGAUACAUUAAUUGAUCUUUGCAUCAAUACAUGCGUGAGAACGCCUCGCAUCUUAUGCGACCUUGACAUUGCGGGUAACCACAAUCUCCGCGAAGGACUGACGUUACCAACAAACGUUUGCGACUCGUUACUAAAAGCAUACCAGACCCUUGGAAUAUGCAUCACGGACAAAAUACUGCACAUGUUUACCGAUACGAAACGAACACGACUCAGUCGUGUGAAUCUGCGGCAGAGUCGGGUCACUGACGAUGGCUUUGAAGUUGUUGCAGUACAUAACCCGUUAGAACUAGACAUAACAGGUUGUCGGUACUUGACGUUAAACUGUGUGCACUUUAUAAACCGAUACUGUAAAAACCUGCGUGCAUUACAUAUAAAUGAGUGGGAGGCGUUGACAGACAUCGAGAUCUUCCCGACGAAAGUUUUAGCUGCGGAGGAGUCGAUAUUUGGCGGUGAUUUCAUUUAUGAUUGUCCGGAAAUGCGUGUCUUCUCCGCACGGUGUGACCGAGAUUUAGUCGAAUGCGGAGAGAGUAAUAUGCAGGAUAUUCUUGCGACUAUGUUGAAUCCGUUUGAUAAGCUUCAUCACUUGGAUUUGUCUGGUCUUGGGAGCUGUGGUGUCGACAUUGGUACAAUGGAUUGGUUACGAAACAUGAAAUGCCUGACGUUUUUGGUACUGCAUAACGUGAUUACGUCCGAGGACACCAAAGUUGCUAUUGAAGUAUUAAGUUGUUUGAAGGGACUGAGAUUUCUGGAUAUCUCUCAUGAGGAUGAAGACGAAACCACCAUCAAUUACAAAGAACCCGAAAAAGCUUUGCGCCAUCUGGUGACAAGUCUACCAAACUUAACAUCGCUCGACAUAUCGGGGACUAACCUUGCAGGAUUAGAGUCCAUGGAACAAAUUGAUCAUCGUUUGUUUACGCCAGCAGAUGGAAAAACAUUACACGAGGAGCAGAAGCCUGGGUGCUGUAUCAAUGGUUUAGAGGGACGUCAUCUCGAGUUCCUUGGAUUGUUCAAGUGUUCUUAUCAACCAUGUGAAAGAAGAGAUAUCCCUGCAACAAAUAUUACGGGAGAUGCUAAUGAAGAUCAGAUCUUAUUAGCCAUCAAGACGUACUACGACCGUAGCGGGAUGGUACAGAAAGCGCUAGACGCGUUGUUUCAAAUGAUCCGGACGUCGGUGUGUGAGAAAAUGCGGGAAGAACUCGGAGCGAUUGUGACAGCCAUGCGGAGGCAUCCGUUGGACCGCCACAUACAGAUCUCUGGAAGUGCGUCUUUAUUCUACAUCAUCAAAAGCGGCAUCGGUAAGAAGGUUGCCAUGAAGGAUCGAAGGCAGGCAAUACUGACACUGGUCGACGCGAUGGAAGAACACUUUGAUGAGCCAGUGAUGAUGAGGAAUGGUUGCCUGACACUUUGCCAUUUUGACAUACCAAGAGACGUGCUGUUUGCCUUCAAGCGUAUUGUCCUGAUCAUGUUGAGGCUAAUUCGACCUCCCAGCGCCCAUGAGGACUUCGUGCAGGGAAUCGCCAUCUAUUUAUUGAAUAGUCUAGCUUGCCAGGUUGAUGGAAGCGAGAAACAGCUUGUCGGGGAUUUAGGUGCAGUAGAUUUAAUGCUCUCUGUGAUACAAACACGCCUCAAUGCCAAACAGUGUGAUGACAUAAUGGAGGUUGCCUGGAGUACGCUGUGGAAUAUUACCGACGAAACGGCUGUUAACUGUGAGCGAUUCCUGCAGGGUAAUGGUAUGCAGCUGUUCAUCCGGUGCCUGGAGGAAUGGACGGACAAGCACGAUUUGUUAAGGAACAUGAUGGGUCUGAUGGGGAAUGUGGCAGAAGUGAAAGCGUUACGCAGCAAGCUGAUGGUGAAGCAGUUUGUCCAGAUAUUCAGUGAUCUUCUCGACUCUGACAGCGAUGGUAUUGAAGUGAGUUACAAUGCCGCUGGUGUUCUUGCCCACAUGGCAUCCGACAGACCCGAUGUCUGGUUGAUAGAUUCUCCUUCACGUGAAGCUGUCCUUGCCCGAUUGGUCGAUGCCAUUGAGAGGUGGGACAUUACAUCAUCGAGGAAUAUAAACUACAGGUCCUUUGAGCCGAUUCUGCGUCUGUUGCCAGUGUAUGAAACGCCAGCAGUACAGCAUUGGGCGUCCUGGGCUCUGUGCAAUCUCACGCAAGUUUAUCCGGAAAAGUAUUGUCGUCUCCUCGAGCGGGAAGGAGGAUUGGUGCUCUUAGACGCGAUCACAAAAGAUCCGCGGCCGAACCCGCGAAUAAAGGCGCUGGCAGCCGGCGUCCUGAAAACAGUAGCAGAUUAUUUUGAGGAACAAUCAUUUCAACACAAGACACCAGCCAAGGGGAGACAGAAGACUUCCUAGAAAACAAAAAGAAACCCAGUUUCACCCUUAUAGAUAAAAAUAUAAUAACUGUGUCAUGCGUUAGUCAAAUGACAUCCUGCUGCGGCAAUCAGUCCCUUGCGUUUGUCCUCAGCCACUUGACUUUACAUGUAUCUAGAGCGCGUUCUCUGUACGGAGGGAUCGGAACCCGGCCUAUUUUGUAUCUGCUCUGUGUGCCCAGUGCCAUCCUUGUCUGGGUUGGUGGAAGAAACUAUGUUUGUUUAUAACGGUCAUCGACCGAGUGCCUAUUUUCAGACCAAAUACAUGUAAACAAAUCAAGAUUGAAUGGGAAAGGCGCUUGUGACAAGGUCUGUACAUCAAACAGAACUAGUGUACCCAUAUGCAUAGUAUUGAUAAUCUACAUGUAUAUUAAUUUGAUAAACUGCAGAAAUCAUGAAAUUAGUUGAUCAUCACACGAGAAGUUUCGUUCAUACAUGUUGAACUGAAUCAUAUAUACUAUUCAAGCAAGCUGAAGUAAAUGGGACUAGUUUUGUCACUAAAUGUAAUGCAUUAUGGCGCUUAUUGUUCCUGCCUAUGGAUAUAGAAUCCUUUUAAAAUUAGGAUGUCUAAGGAAAGAGGUAUGCAAAAUGAAGUGUGCAGUGUUUUCUUUUGAACAAAGCAGAAUACAUCAUGUACAUGUAGGUGUGCAAUGUACAUUCAAAGGGUCUGUACAUUUGAAGUACCGGUAUUGUUAUUGAGCUAAUUAUUCACUACAUGUUUGCUAUAAAUGAUGUGGAUAAAUAUAUCUGUAUUUAAGCUGAUUUA